CUAAUGCCACCAUCCGGGAUACUUGUUCGUGAGAUGACCGCAGACACGAUUGCCAUAAUGGGAAAUACAUACCCAUAUGCUGACGGCGACGACGAUGAAGACGAAAUCGAUGACGAUAGCCUCUUCGACCCCCAACAGAUGACGUCACAAAGCCAUGAUGCACACAUUCUGUUCAUCUACUCCGAGAAGGGAGAUUUGUUUACGGAUGUGGUCUUCAAUCAAGGCGUCUGGAGUUAUACCUUUCAUGAUCUGAAUCCGGUGACGAGUUACACCAUCAGGGUGGUGAAUAAUCAAAAUGGCGUGGCAUUCGAGACAAAUUCAACUACAAAACCAGCACCGGUAACCGAUCUUUUCCUAUCUGCCAUCGAUCAUUCCUCUGCAACUGUCCAAUGGGCGCACGCCAUUGGAUCACGUGACCGAUAUGAAAUCAUCCUCACUCCAGCACCAAAACACAAGCAUCGAACUAUGCCAAUUAGAACCAGAAAUGACGUCAUUACUUUCACGGGUCUUGAAGCCGGAACCACUUACGACAUGCGCAUUACUACUAGGAAAGGAAUUUUGACGAGUGAUGACAGACAUUUGAAAAUAACACCAGGGAAAGACCAAGCAUUGUCAAUGUUCAGAGCCAGAGAGAGCACAUGUCUAUCACCAAUCAUCGCGUGUGGUUUACUAGGUGCUGCGCUGCUGCUCUGUGUGGUUUACUUAAUCGCAGUCUUCAUCUUCAAUAGGAAAUUUCCAGCGAAACUCCGCUCUCGUCGGCCGUCGGAGAACGAGUACGAGAACCCCUCUCAUCAUCAGUACUCCUCCUACCUGAACUCCCUCACAAACCGCAUAGCAUUGAUGAGACGGCCUGAGAGCAACAACUACAACCUACCUCACCAUCACCAUGUUAGAACUAGUAGGACGUUUAGUAGGUUACCAAGGAGACAAAGCCCGCAUCACACCCUACAAAGGACGCAGAGUGAAUCGGUAAUUUAUUACAACCUAUCAGACUGACGGAGUUUUUAAAGAUUGUGUGUUUUUUUUUAAAGCUGUUGGCCAAAAUACUUUCGCCAGUUGAAAUUCCUUGAUCGGAUCGUAGUCCACGCGGCCUGUCAAUAUCAGUGCAGCAUAUGUAGAGGUGUGGUGGUCUAGUGGAUGAGUCACCGGGUAUAGUAAAUCACUUGAUACGUGGUUCAAAUCCUUGCCACAGACGGACGUCCAUUGGUCAGACAUUAGUCUAAAUUUGCCGCACUCGACCCAAGUGACGGAAGUGGGUGGUUUAUUAUAUGAUGCUCCAUGUGCAAUUGGCACUGGUAACAGCUGCCGGAGCUAAAGCCGGGAAAAUCACUUCUAAAACUCCUCGGAAGGAAACAUGGACGUAUCAUAAUGUGUGAUGUACGCUAUACAAGCAUGAUAAAUAUUUUAACAUGUUUAUGUGUCGAGGUGUCACUGAGAAUGUCAUCGAAAAUGGGCCACGCAUGAUUUUCGGAGUCUAUUGAUACGACGGGAGAUAUAAUUAGUUUGACAUGAUAGAAUAAAAUGACAUCGUCAAUGUAUACGAUCUUGGAAAAUACAAGCUUUUGACACUGAAGCGCAUGAACCAAAUAAUCUCCUUAAAUUGUUCCAGGGUAUAGCAGCAAAAAAGCAUCCACGUUGUGACGCUGAAGAUGACUAGAUCCAAACGAUUCACUCUCGUCGUUGUUCUACAAAU